CCCUCUCCUUCCAUAUCUGCUCCACUUCUGCAAAUGUCAAUCCCUUGGUCUCUGGCACAAACACAAUCACAAAAACUACAGCAAGCACAGCUAUGCCAGCAAAAAUCAAGAAAGUUGCUCCUGUUCCUAUAGCGUCAGCAACUGACAGAAAACUAUCAGAUACAAUCAAAUUUGAAACCCAGCAAACAGUAGCAGCCAUGCCUCCACAUAUCCCACGGUACUGCUCAGGGUAUAUCUCAGAGUUCACAGUCCAUGGCACAGGUCCCAUUCCAGGCGAGAAAAAUG